GGUGUUCUUUGAAACCAACCUUAUACUAUUAAGUUGUGCUAAGAGGAUUCUUUAUUCUUGACAAAGAGAGGAGAAGAGUAGGAGAUGGAGCCAAUCCCACUCAUGACUCCAUACCAGAUGGGAAAGUUUAACCUUUCUCACAGGGUGGUUCUAGCACCAUUGACAAGGCAGAGGUCCUUCGGCAAUAUUCCUCAGCCACAUGCCAUCUUGUAUUACUCCCAACGGACCUCGAAAGGGGGCCUUUUGAUCACUGAGGCCACCGGAGUCUCAGACACCGCACAAGGAUAUCCAAAUACACCCGGCAUUUGGACUAAAGAGCAAGUGGAAGCAUGGAAGCCUAUUGUGGAUGCAGUACAUGAGAAGGGUGGCAUCUUCUUUUGCCAGAUUUGGCAUGUUGGGAGGGUUUCCAAUUAUGGUUUUCAGCCUAACGGACAGGCUCCAAUUUCAUGCACGGACAAGCCAUUGAAGCCGCAAAAACGAGCCAAUGGCACAGAUGUUGCUGAAUUCUCCCCUGCUCGUCGGUUGUCGACAGAAGAGAUUCCUUUGGUGGUCAAUGAUUUUAGAAUUGCUGCAAGAAACGCUAUUGAAGCAGGUUUUGAUGGAGUCGAAAUCCAUGGCGCACAUGGGUAUCUACUUGAUCAGUUCAUGAAGGACAGUGUCAAUGAUCGCACUGAUAAAUACGGUGGAAGUCUGGAGAACCGGUGUCGCUUCCCGCUUGAAGUGGUUGAAGCUGUUGUUAAUGAAAUUGGAGCUGACAGGGUUGGCAUCAGGCUCUCUCCUUAUGCCAGCUACAUGGAAUCCGGGGAUUCAAACCCCGAAGCUCUUGGUCUUUACAUGGCCAGUUCAUUGAACAAGUUCGGGAUUCUGUUCUGUCAUAUGGUGGAGCCUAGGAUGAUUACAGUUGGCGAAAGACUUGAAGUACCGCACAAUCUUCUCCCAAUGAGAAAUGCUUUCAAAGGAACAUUUAUUGUUGCUGGAGGAUACAACAGAGAAGAAGGUAACAAAGCAAUCACCGAUAAUUAUGCAGACUUGGUUGCUUACGGUCGAUGGUUCUUGUCCAAUCCUGAUCUACCUCGGAGAUUUGAGUUGAAUGCUCCUCUAAACCAGUAUGACAGGUCUACUUUCUACGUUCCUGAUUCAGUUGUUGGAUUCACAGAUUAUCCAUUUCUUAAAUCUGAUGCUUAGUGCACAUUUAUAUUUGAAUUGUUAUUGAAAUAAGUUGGCAUUCUUGAAUUUGAUUGUCAUUGAUGCAAGAACAAA